UGCGACAACUAGACGGUAAUAAGCUACGGAAACGUUACGUAGUCAUACAAUUCAAUCCAGUUAAUUACUUGCUGUAAAUUUUAUUUAUAUACAUUAUAAAAGAUAUAAUCCCAAAAAAAAAAAAAAAAGACUACAAAAAAAUUCGCAAUAAACUAUUUUACAAUAUUUAAAUCGGAAAUACCACUACAGUGAAUUAUAAUUUAAAUUGUUGUAAACAAAUAUCGGCCUAAAUUUAACCAGCAUUAUGUUAAAUUGUUUGUCAUCAUCAUCAUCAUCGUCAUCGACAACAAAUACUUUUUUGAAAACCUGUCUCUCGGUCAUCUGUUUGUUUUUACUCUUAAUGGAUAGUGCUUAUGCUGUUGGCUUUGGUCGUUGUCCCAAAUAUCCUUCAAUGCCUAAAUUUAAUAUGAGCAGGGUCUUGGGACAAUGGUACGAAGUAGAGAGAUCUUUCUAUUUGCCCGAAAUUGCCUCCGGUUGUACCACCUUAGAAUUUCAGCCGUUACAUCAAGAAGAACUGUCACGUUUCAAUAAUUUCAGAUUAGAAGUGGCCAUUAAAACCAUCAACAGAAUUACGGGAAAUCCCACAGUGAACUUGGGUUAUGCCACACCGGAAAGUCGAAAAUCUUCCAUAAUGGAUUUCAAGUUCAGCACACGUUUUCCCGAUGUUAUAGCCCGUUUACUGCCCGGUUCGGGAAAAUAUCAAGUACUCUACACAGACUAUGAUAAUUUUGCCAUUUUAUGGUCUUGUGGUUCGUUGGGCUCUUUGGGUUAUUCCGAUCAGAUAUGGGUGUUUGGUCGGGAACGUGAUUUUAAUGUAGAGGUGCGUACAAAGAUCUAUGAUGCACUAAAGAAAUUGGGUUUGGAACCGGAUCGUUUGGUUUUAAGUAAAAAUAGAAAUUGUCCCAAAACUUUGUAAGGACGAACCGUCUUAAGAUGUUUUCGAAGAUGAUUUGUGUAAUAUUUUAUUAUUUUGUAAACGUGUGUAUUAUUAAGAUUUAUAUGUAUUUGUACAGAUAUUAUUUGUUUAUAUUAUAAUAUAAUAUAGAAUAUAUAUAGAAUAGGUUUCUGUGAUACUCCUCCUCAGACAAUAAAAAAAGAAGGAUGAUUUUAAAAAUU